AUGGGAUUGAGUGCCUGUCACACGAGUCAACUCUGCGGCAAUGUCAGACAGAUCCGUGGGGUCAACACCGCUGUGAGCACGGCGCACACUUCUCAAUAUUCAGGAGUGGUCCUGGGGAAGGAUGGCGGUGUGAUCAAGCUGAUGGUGUGGCCGUUCUGGCUGGGCCUGGGUGGAGCGAUCGGCUCUGGCCAGCAGGCCAUGCCACGGAUCCAUGUGGAUGAUCUGAGUGGGAUCCUUGCCCACACAGUGGAGAACGAGUGGGUCCUGGGGAUCUCGAACGGAGAGGCCCCAGCCCAGACCACCAAUGGGGAGUUCGCCAGGGCACUGGCGUUGAGCCUGACCCGGCCCUCGGUGCUGCCCCCAGUGCCCAGUCUUGUACUGCAGGCUCUGCUGGGCGUCGAGCGGGCGGUCCUGUUGCUGGAGGGCCAGAGGGUUAUACCCAGGAGAACGCUGCAGACCGGGUACAGGUACCUCUACCCCGAGCUCCAAGCAGCUUUGAAGAGCAUCGUGUCCUGA